GAGCUGAGCAGCAGCACCAGCAGCAGCAGGCGACAGCAGAAAACAGAAGCGCUCUCAGAUACAACACCAACCGCGCAUUUGAGACAAGUUUCUAACUCCUCUAUGGCUAGGACUACCAAAAGGAGAUCAAGAAUGGCCGGUGUGGAUAAUGCGAUGAACUGGGAGACGUCGAAUCCCGAGAGCACGGCCCAGCUGUUCCAGGCAAUCAAGCAGCUGACGGAGCAGAUAGAGACCACGGGAAAGCGCGACGGUGGAAAGGACUUUUUUAGCCCGUCGCUCGAGAGCCAGCGCGGGCAGUGCCGCGACCUGUUCCGCCGACUAAUUGUGCGUAAUCCGUACUCGUCGAACCGCAAGGAUCUUAUCGGCAAGCUGUGGUUCGUGCUGAUCUAUCGCGUGAUUGACCACUAUCGGGUCGAGCUCAAAGGGCUUGAUGGCAGGCUGUCAUGGACGCCCGAGCGCGAGAGGCUGUGCGCCGAGGAGAAGAAGAAGGCAGCGUCCCAGAACAGGCGCCCGCGCCCGCAGCUCAUGCGCGAGUCGGAAGAGACGUUGGCAGUAGUGAGGAAACAGGCGUCGGAGAUUCGUGGAAGGCUGCGCACAUUCCUGCAGGAGAUGGCAGGGUUCUUGCUCAUGCUGGUGGUUGAGCUGGCCGAGCAACACGAGCUGGUGGUUACUGGCGAGCUGAUAAACACCUCCCAGUUUGCCAUCGACUACCGAGCCCUGGCUACCCAUGCCUACGGGUACGAGUUUGUAGAUGCUCUGCACGCAGAGGCCCGGGGCGCCCUGUCGCUGCCGCGCAAGUCUGCCGUAGCCAUCAUUGCGCAGUGCCUGGUGUACCUUGGUGACCUGUCGCGGUACCGCGUCAUGUAUACUAGUCGCAAGCAAACGGCGGUGAUGGCAGCGCGCACAGCGGCUAACAGCGAAGCCGAGCAGCAACAGCAGCGGGACAUGUGGUGGGCUGCGAAAAAAUUUUAUCAGGGCGCUAUCAAGCUGGCACCGCACCGUGGCCAGCCACAUAACCAGCUGGCAGUGAUCUACGGACACGACAAGGACUAUUUGUCGACUAUAUUUGGCUACUACAGGGCAACGACAGCGCACAGCCGGUUUAUUGCCUCCGAAUCCAACAUGCGUGGCAUGCUGGACAAUGCACAGCGGCUAUUAUCGGCCAACGUGCCGCCAAUUCCUGACCGCCCGCCCAACGCCCACUGGUUUGCGGAUAGCCAGAUAUACCCGAACUUCACCAUGCUCAGGUACCAUCUGGCGCAGUACCAGCCGUCGACAAAGAGCCCUAGCGACAUGGGAACCAGCGUCAUGCGCGAGGCUAUGCCGACAAAGGAGCAUGUCGGAUCGAUUGCAGCCCGUGUAGACAAUGCUGUCGAGAAGUUUGUCAGGGCUGCCAAAGCAACCGGGACGGGCAGUUUGGACGGUGAGCAGGUGAUGAUGGUUCAGAUCGUGCAUCUGCUGGAGCUGCAACGCCUGACGUGCUUUGGAAACAUCGCCGACGGGUCGCACCUGCCACCGCUCAAUAUUGUACGCCAGUCUGCCAAUCUAGCUGUCCGUGUGGCUGAAUCAUUCUGCCAUGCGAUUUCGCGGUCGAUUGCCGACAGCCGCCGGACAUGGCGUACGCUGAAAAGCGAGCAGGAGGUGCUGACAAAGCCCUCACGCCGGGUCAUCGGUCCGCUGAUUGUGUCACUGGUCAUGUUUGUUUCGUUGGCCGUGCGCAUCAAGCGGACCAAGGACCAGGACUCCCCGCAUAUCCAGCGUUUGCGCACCGAAGUGUUUGCUGCAUGCGAGCGCGCUCGGUUUGUAGAAACAGUAUCGUGGCUCAAGAGAACUAUGACCAGUGUUCACCACACAGUCAAUAGGCGGUCGCAGUCGCCUGAGCCCCUGCAGUGGCGCUCUGUGUGCCGGUCCAUGGCGCCGCUGGCUGUGCGGCUAUGGGGCGAACACGUCGCUUGCAGUGGUCAGCGGAUAGAAGACCGGAUGCUAGCCGGGUGGGCCAUGCCAGACGGAACUGUGUGGGGCCGCGUGCCCUCCUCAUACGCCGAGAUGGACAUCAGCAACAUUGGAAAUGCAGCGCUGUUGAGCGAGAAAACCGAGGAGAAGGCGCUGCUUUCGCGCUGGUGGCAGCUGGACUGCAUCUUGGCACUGGCUGCUGAGUGUCUUCCAGAUAUGGUCCAGACCGCAAGAACUGUCGACAGCCGCAGCCAAAUGCCAUCAGGCGUAGUUUCGAAUGACAUGGAUGUCGAUACAGAAGAGGAGGGUGUCGGCAACAGCACUUCUGCGGACGACGAUGCUGACAACGCAAUGGAGGAGGAUGAGGAAGAGAUCGUGUUCUUCCGCGGCCGUCCUCAGACAGCACUGGACAGAAAGGUCAUUGAGGAGAAGCGGCCUGUACUCCCAGCACGGCCUCCUAGUCGACUACUGUCGCCAGAGCAGAAGCAGGAGCAGCGGAUACAGCAGCGGCGGAAGGAGUAUCAGAAGCACCAGAAGCAGUACCAGCAGGCUGCCAGCUCGCAAACUGCUGCAAAAACGACGCCGCUAGCUCGGACGCUAACGCGGUCUCCCGUUGAACGACCCGUUAAUUCGACGCCGUAUGUGCCACUGGUGGAUGCAGAGCGAGACGAAGUCAUUCGGCCUGCUGUGGGCCAGCAGCAGGGCCAGCAGCACAGCCAACAGCCGCGUGUUCCAAACGCGAUCGGGUCACAGCGGGUGCCUGCCACUGCAAGCAGCGCCAGCAGCAGCACAACGGAGGCCUUCAGCGGGUCCCGAAUUGCUGGCGCCGACGAGCAGCUGGCCAUGGCUGGCAUUGGCGGGCUAUUGCAGGCUGCUAGAGCACACCCGCAGUACCGAUCACCGACUGCGCUCGACAUGCCCAUGAUGCCACCGAUGAUACCGUCAGCCUCCAUGCACGGUUUGCCUGGUGCGGGCCACAGCAGUUCGUUGACCUCACCCUACGCAAAUUCGUCUGCUCACCAGAGCCUACUGGGCUCACCAGUUGCUCCAUCGCAGCAGCACCAGCAGCAGACGGUGGUCGCAAGCAGCAUGUGGAGCCCGGCACUUCGGCCAUCUGCUAGUCAGUCGGCGAUUGGCACCACAUCCUCUGUCCUUUCCCCGCAGCAUCAGCAGCAGCCAUUAAAUAAUGGUACUGAUGACCACAACGUGCUGGAGAAGUGGCAAGAGUACGCGCAGAAGCUGCAGGAGCAAACCCACUAUAAUGAGCAGCUGCGUCAACAGUUGCGCCAGCACAUGGAGCUGCGCGACCGUCAGCUCAGCACCCAGGAGGACGAUGGCGAUGCUACAGCCGUAUCGGUGGCCAGCAUGGCAUUGUCACAAACAUCACAGCCAGCUAAGCAGCAGACGCGCAGCUUCUCUUCCAACUUUUUCUCGCAGCAGCAGCAGCAGCAGCAGCAGCCACCCCAGCAGCAGCAGUUGUUAGCAGGCUCCAUUGCUGCCUCCAUCAGCCAGCACCAGCAGGCGUACAUGCAGGCUAUGGCCGGAGGCAAUUCCGGGAUAUACCCAUGGAUGCAGCCGAUGAGCCAGCAGCAACAGCCGCCAUUGAAUCUGUUCAAUCCGCCGGGGCGCGGGGUUGGCACCGAGAUUGGUGGUGCACAUCACCCAACUUUGCUGCAGCUUUCCCCGCUUUCACCCAUGCAUUUCUCGAUGCUGGGCUCGCAGGCGUCGGCUGCUGACUUUGCUGCGGCUAGCACACCCAGCGCCUCGGCUACCCGUGCCGCUGGGUCUGGAGCUGCUGCGGCGUCGCAGAGCUGACACCCGUAGCGCAUUCUUUUUUGACAGCUAUAAAUCUUUUUUGUAU